UUUUUACAAUAUUUCUCUCUUUUCUCAUGCCGUCUUUAAGACAUUCGCAUUCUUCUAUAGAUCUCUAGAAUCUAGAUUGUAGACUUCAGAUUGAUUUACAGUUACAGAUUACACAUUGAUCUAGAUUAUUCUAGAUUGUAAGUCAUGACUUCAGUUAAAUUGAACUUUGAAUACAUAAUUGACUCUUUUAGAACUAAAGCUUAUUAGGUUUCAAUGCUAUCAAGUUAAUAAUGAGGAGAACAGUAUAUUAUUGUUUUUCUUUACGAAAUUUGUUGAGUGUUUUUGUGGCACUAGUUCUUGUUUAUAUUCUGGGCUAUCUGCUGCUGACAACCCCAAUCAGCAAGCGAAAUGGGAAGCCUAAAUUCUUAGAUAUAAGAACAGGUGUUCAGGAACGAGUAUCUUUGACAAAUUCUGAGGUUCCUCCUGUGGUUGAUGAAGGCUAUGGUGCAUGGAUCCAAGGUCGCAGCAUUGAAAUAAUGAGUGCCAUCAAAGAUCUACACCACUUGAACAAAUCAGAGAACCGUAUAGUUUUGAUUGGUUUCUUGCAACAUACAUCCAAUAGAAACUUUGUGUGCUGUUUUAGAAACUCUCUAGAAUCAAGUGAUGUUGAACAAGUUCCUGCUGCACUUGACUACAUAGAUUUAAGGUUUAUAGUAAAUUUCCAGAAUGCAGUGUUUUCUUGUUUGACUCCCAUGGGCAGUAAUAGUUUGUUCAACUUUGUUUCAUUUGCACCUGAGAGUUGCACACAGAAUAUGUCAUCAUCUCUUAAGAUUGUGUAUCCAGUACCUAGAUCAUUUGAACUAGCUGUAUGCACUAAGGUAGCUUAUUCUAGGCUUGACCCAGUUCGUCUUGUUGAAUGGUUUGAGUACAUGAAGCUUGUUGGUGUCAGCAAAGUUUUAACUUUCUACAACAGCCUCCAUCCUGACUCAAUGAAUGUUUUCAAGUAUUACAUCAGCACAGGAUUUUUAGAAUUAAUCAGUUACAAGCCAAGGAGUAUCAAAGGUAUCACUGAAAUCAACUUUACUGAUGACAACUCACAGACACGCCAAGCCAGACAGGAUAAAACCCUCCUGGUGAGAGACUGCCAGUUCAGGCUUGGGGGCUAUGAUUAUGUGAUGACCAUUGACUUUGAUGAGUUUCCUGUUCCCAUAGCUCCCUAUGGAACUUUAAACUGGAUCAUUCAGGAGAUGAUGCUGAAUUUCUCAGAUGGUAGUGGGUUCAGACUGGAUCCUAUUCUCAUGCCACCUGAAUGGGCCAAAGUAAAAGCUGGAGGACUUUACCACUGGCAGUUUAACUCUGGGACUUACAUAGCUCCAUAUUGUCGCAAGUGGAUCUAUCUUCCUAAGCACACCUGGCUAGCUUCUACGCAUGAAAAUAUACCAAAGAAAGGUUUCAAAACCUAUGUUAUACCCAGUACACUUGUACACUUCCUACACUUCCGCUCUUGCAAGUUGGAGUGGCAAGGUAUCCCAUGCCGCAAUCUCUCACAGACAGUCCAAAAUGAGCUUGUGCUUCAAAGAUUUGGCUUCUCCAUGUUUGACAGCUUGAGGCAGGUGCCACUGAAAGAUCUGAUACCUAACCCAAGAUAUAUUGAAUAUAUCAAAAAGUAUCAGAAGAGCCCUGCCCAGCCACCAGAAGGGGAGGAAGAUAUGGAUGAGAUGUUGUUGUAGUAGAAAGGUUUGACAUUGUUUGGCAAAGGAAAAGGUUAAUUGUGACAUUUAAUGAUCAACCUGACUAGAGAAUUGGUUGAGGUAUAAUGAAACAUUAUGGGUAUUUGUAAUUUUGUUUUUAUUUCUGUAUUCGAUAUAUAUUUUACCAGGCUGCCAGAUCAUGCGGUUUGCGCGCUGGACUGUUGUUCGGAUUUAUCGACGGUCGAGGGUUCAAACCCUGCCUGCUCCCAUCCCCCGUCGUCCUGCGGGAGGUUUGGACUAGGAAGUAAACUAUCUUCAACUCUGAAGGAACAUCCGAAUUAUGUAAAACAUUUAACAAAACAAGUCACUACACUAUUGAGAUAUUGUAGUAAAAAGGUUUGACAUUUACACAGUCACUACAUUGUUGAGAUGUUGUUGUAGUAGAAAGGUUUGACAUUGACACAGUCACUACAUUGUUGAGAUGUUGUAGUAGAAAGGUUUGACAUUGACACAGUCACUACAUUGUUGAGAUGUUGUUGUAGUAGAAAGGUUUGACAUUGACACAGUCACUACAUUGUUGAGAUGUUGUAGUAGAAAGGUUUGACAUUGACACAGUCACUACAUUGUUGAGAUGUUGUUGUAGUAGAAAGGUUUGACAUUGACACAGUCACUACAUUGUUGAGAUGUUGUAGUAGAAAGGUUUGACAUUGACACAGUCACUACAUUGUUGAGAUGUUGUUGUAGUAGAAAGGUUUGACAUUGACACAGUCACUACAUUGUUGAGAUGUUGUAGUAGAAAGGUUUGACAUUGACACAGUCACUACAUUGUUGAGAUGUUGUAGUAGAAAGGUUUGACAUUGACACAGUCACUAUAUUGUUGAGAUUUUGUUGUAGUAGAAAUGUAUUCUGGUUUGACAUUGACACAGUCACUACAUUGUUGAGAUUUUGUUGUAGUAAAAAUGUAUUCUGGUUUGACAUUGACACAGUCACUACAUUGUUUUUCUGAAACAAAGGAAAGGACAAUCACACAGCUUAAUGGGAUAAACAUUGAUGUAUGAUUUUAUGAUAUUUUUUUACACUUUGUAUUGAUACUCGUCGUCGGCCUUCUUCAGUCAUGAAACGACUAUGGUUCAUCUCGAUAGCAAGAUGAAAGCCUGGGCAUUGUCUAUGGUCAGAACUAUGUCGCCCACACAGCAGUUCCCCCCUCUCUGCGCAGCUGAUGAGACCAAAGGAACGGAAUAUCCAAUACAGUUUGGGAUCAGUAGCGCCGCAGGCUCUGCCAGGCUGGUGACCCUUAGAUAUUGAUACUAUGUUUGGAAUAUUAUAUCUCUAUUUGCAUUGGAAAGUAAAUUAAACAUUGUAAAUUGGAUUUAAAUUUUUCUUGGUUUACAGAUUGUUAGGUUUUGAAUUUGACUUCAACAAAAAAUAUUAGUAUUAUGAAAUUUAUCUGCAUGAUACCCACACACACAAAGUAAGUGUGGCUGCCUUGUAAUGUGGUAUGCGCUUUGGACUGUCAUCUGAGUUCAACCUCUGCAAUCAUCGAAGAGGUUUUGACUGAUGUAAUGAUCUUCAUUCCUGAAGAAAUGUCCAUAAGUUGUCAAUAAACAAAAAGACAGAAAUUACAUUUUUAAAAUUUGGGGCUUCAAAUGAAAAAAUGAAAUGUUGUUUUCUAUGCUGUAUUUUAAAAACAAAAUGUAAAAGAAAAAUCUGUUGUUUUUUUUUCUGUGAAUAUUAUUUUAAAAGUACAUUUUAAAAAUAUUUUUGUAAAACCCAGGAAAAUAUUGUUUAAAAUUUUUUUUAUGUUUCUUGAUAUUUUUUUUCAAAUUCCAGGGCUCAGCCCCUAUUUAUUUGCAAUAAACAUCAGUUAUAUGAAUCUCAAUAAUUUAUAACAUACUGUUGAUAUGUUAUAAAUACUCAUUCAACCAAAGGUUAGGAAUUACAUUUUGUACAAAUAUACAUAGCUUGCAGAUAUACAUCAAAAUCGUGAGCAGCUAAUCAAUGUACUUUGUUUGGCAAAGGAAAAGGUUAACUUGUGACAUUUAAUGAUCAACCUGACUGGAGAAAUGGUUGAGGUAUAAUGAAACAUUAUGGGUAUUUGUAAUUUUGUUUUUAUUUCUGUAUUCGAUAUAUAUUUUAUUUAUGAAUUUCAUGGCUCUGGUAGUCUUUUAGACUUUGCAUAAAUGGCAAUUGACUUUUUUUUUUUUACUACAAAUGUAGUGUGUAUAUAAAAACACAUUGAGAUAUACUGCUUUGGCUCAGAAUGUUUGGGGGUCAGCCAUUUUGGGGGUAAACAUUAGAGUGAUAUUUUAAAAAACUGAUAAAAAACAAUCCUUAUUUUUCUAAAGAAAACAUUUUUGACCACUAUAGUUUCUUUUUCAGACCUUGUGGUCUAUAGAGAGAUGAUGUAAAAGUUCAUCUGUUUCUUUGGCCAAUGAUUAACAAGGGUGUCAUGUGGCCAGCACAACGACCAACCGCCUUUACUUUUCUCCAUCUAAUGUCAGGUCCCAUUAGGGCUGGGUGGCUUCAGAGGCGCCCAAAGAUCCUGAAAUCAAGUUUUAGGUUUUUAAAUAAGGACUAUUUUAUUUCAAGGGAAGUGAGGAUUUCUAGACUAUAGUCAUAAUACAAAAAUUCCUACAGACAAACAUUUGUACACAUGCACAACAUAAACACAUAUUACUCUUUUUAUGAAAAUAUUGGACAUUUGAUUCUAGUGUAAGCAUUUAGAGACAAAAUAUUCAGUGCCAAAAUGGCUGUGUUCAAACUAUUUUUGGUGCCAAAAUGUCUUGCUCAAGUUACUAAUAAAUAAUUUGUGUUGUUUUUUUUUGCUCUAAUGUAUCUUUUUAUCUUUUCUACUUUACUUUAUAAUUCAGUAUGUGUGAGCUGGUGCAUGCGUGUGUUAGGAGAAAAAGAAAGUAGCUUCUCAUCCCUCUCCCUCAUAAGACAUGAUCACUUGAAGACUUGCUGUGAGACAGCAACUCUCAUGGUGCUUGAGAAGCUCUCUUGUUCUGAAGUUCAAAUAUACAUUGUAUACUUAUUUCUAAACUCUUAUUGAUAAUCUUAGCCAGGCACUUUUUGCCUUGCAGUCACAAAUUUGACUUUGAAGCCUUCAUCUAUUUUUGUGUUUUCCAGAGACAAAAUAAGCUCAACUAAAAUCAUUUGUUGGGCACAUACUGAUGUUUUCAAAGACUUUUGUCUGAUCUUAUAAUUAGAUACUGUAAUGAGUCUCUAAUAAAAUAUCAUCAUCCUUUCUUUCUCAGGGAAAAAUAAAUGCAUUAUUUGACUCAAAAUCAUUCCAUAAAGUUAAUCUUGCAUUAGAUAUUUUGAAAAUCUUCUAUUUCAUGCUCUUGAUUCUGGUUAAGGAAGUUACUCUUAGGCUGUGGGCUUCUAAUAAUAAACAUUUUUAUAUUGAAUGAUAGAUCGACUCUACAUUAUUUUUUAAAAAUUCUGUCAUAUAAAGUUACUAUGAGCUCUUUGACUGACAUUAGAAAAAAACAAAGUAUUCUGCUGUUUCUUAUAGCUCUGCUGUGAAUGUGAUAUUUUUGUGGCACAAUGAAUGAGAACUACCACCGAGUUACAUCCAUAUCUUAUGGUUAACAGCCUUUUCAUGAAUGUGAUGUUACAUGAGUCAAUCAUGAAUGUGAUCCUACAUGAGUCUUAUCACGAAUAUGAUGCUACAUGAGUCUAUCAUGAAUAUAAUGCUACACGUGUAUCAUAAAUGUGAUGCUACACAUGUGUAUUAUGAAUGUGAUGCUACACAUGUGUAUCAUGAAUGUGAUGCUACACAUGUGUAUUAUGAAUGUGAUGCUACACAUGUGUAUCAUGAAUGUGAUGCUACACACGUGUAUUAUGAAUGUGAUGCUACAAACUAGGGAGACAUCUGAGAGACAGCUGACAGCAUGAAUGCCUUUCUGCUUCAACUUUGUUGUUAUAAAACUUGAUGGAUUUUAAAACUAAACGACAUAAUUCUUAGUUUUACUUUGAUUUUGUUGCUGAUAUUGUCAUAUUUUCAGUCAUGUGAUGUUAUGCAGUUGAACAGUUUCCUUGUUAAAUAGUUUUGUGUAAACUUUGAGCACUGUCUUAUACUUUUGAUGAAACUUUUUUUUAAGGGAUGGUACUCAUUAGAAAAUUCUUUUAAUGUAAAAAUGACAAUUUAUACUUUCUUGUAUACUACUUGUGCAUGGUUUCUUCUAGGAAUUAAUAUUUUAAACUUCUUCAUUCUUUUUUUUAUUGUGAUUUUUUGGGUACAUUUGAAUACACCUGUAAUAGAAUACCUAGUGUUCACCUGAAAUUUGUGUUAGAAAAGCAUUUUUUUUUUCAUUUGUAUUCCUCCCUCAUCCCCACCUUCACCACAAGCAAACUAAAAACAAUUUUAUAAGUUUAAAUGAAAGUGGAUAUUUGACACACUUACACUAACAGAAGUAAGAUUCUAAUAAAGAGCAGGUCAUUCUGUACUCAUUUUUGUAUCAUUCCUUCACAUACACAGCUGUUUGUUUUCAAGGAUUCAUUUCUGUAUUUUAUUAUGAAAUUGAGUGAAACAUGUUUCCAAUAUACAGUUGGUGUAGCUCUUCAAAUCUCAGAAGACAACAUUAUGAGGCAGCAACUAAUCCUAGAGGCAGUGUCCCAUUAGGUCUAGAUAGGCUCAAGCUUGUCACACUUGGUCUAGAUAGGCUCCAGCUUGUCCCACUUGAUCUAGAUAGGCUCAAGCUUGUCACACUUGGUCUAGAUAGGCUCAAGCUUGUCACACUUGGUCUAGAUAGGCUCCAGCUUGUCCCACUUGAUCUAGAUAGGCUCAACCUUGUCCCACUAGGUCUACAUAAGCUGAACCUUCUCCCAAUAGGUCUAGAUAGGCUCAACCUUGUCACACUAGGUCUAGAUAGGAUAACCUUGUCACACUAGGUCUAGAUAGGCUCAACCUUGUCCCACUAGGUCUAGAUAGGCUCAACCUUGUCACACUAGGUCUAGAUAGGCUAACCUUGUCACACUAGGUCUAGAUAGGCUCAACCUUGUCCCACUAGGUCUAGAUAGGCUCAACCUGGGCUAGUGAACUUUCUGCUUUCUUUCUGAAUGUGUUAUCAAAGCUUGGACCCUACUUUCAUUGUUGCUCCCUCUACUUGCAAGGUUUUCCCUAUGCCCAUGUGUUGUUGAUAGGAAUGUAAAGCUGUAUGUUUACCUUGAGUGUAUAGGGUUUUAUAUUAGAUUUUGCUUUUAUUAUGUCUUGUUUCACCAAAGUUUGACUUUACUCCAAUGUUAUACAAUUAACAGAUUUGAACUGUUUCUUUGAUAAGGGCAGCACUACCAAUGUUCAUGUCAGCUAUAAACAUUUUAUUUUAUGAACAUUUUUUUUUUCAUCCAAACUUUUUCCCCUUCACUUCCCAGAGUCUAGAUAUUUUUUAUUCCCCACUGAGUAAGGAAGGAUAAGAAGUCUCACUGGCUCAUUCUCUCCCCUAUUUAGCAGUAACAGUUUUUUUUUUCUGCCCUGUACACUGAGUAUGAAGGCAAGGUGGAACAUUCUAUCCCAAGAUUAGUUUGUAUAAACUACUUUCUUUUCUAAUCUGUUGUUGGAGCUGUGCUUCAAUAUAAUUUGAUAUUUGGUUGUGUUUUUAAUGAAAUAAUUGUAUGAAUUACAAUUGUUGUUAUUAACUCUGGCCUGUGUCAUAAUAAAUAAUCAAGUCAUA